AUGUCGCCGGAGGAGGCCAAGCUCUUCCGUCUCUACGGAAAGCUGCCGAACAAGAAGGACCUGUUGCAGAACAAGCUCAAGGAGCGCAAGUACUUCGACAGCGGCGACUAUGCACUCUCCAAGGCCGGCAAGGCUUCAGACGUCGGCGUCACCCAAGUUGGCCGCGAGCACCCCAACCCCGAGAAGAUCCCGCACAUGGCCCCACCCACACCAAGCAACGGACAAGCCCCAACAAGUGGAGAUCUGAAGGCUGGCAGCCCAUCGAAGGAGGGCGGCACUUUCUUGCAUCGCGAGACAAGUCUCAACCGCGAGACCUCAGCUUCCGACUUCGCCGAGAACGCGGAGCCUCAGGCUCAGUAA